AUGGAAAUUGUCGAAAAGAAAUAAAUUUGUAUAUUUUUGAACUACAAAUAACAAGUUAAUCAAUCAUAAUAUUUCUUCGUAUCUAAAAGUUUCAUGGUUUCCUUGCUGUACUUGGCUUGCAUAAACAUCUGCCACUAGGUUGAGAGACGGGUCUUUAUUUGUGCAUAACCAAAAGCGGGGUGUAGGUUUGAGUUAUUUAGUUUAUAUUAAUUGAAAUUAUAUCAUACCAUUAAAUGGCAAGAUUUUGACUUUUCUUUUUAUUGCUAAAUAUAUUCUUACUUGUUGCAAUUAAUCAUUUCUGUCCUUUCGUUUUUCAAAUGCUCUACUAAGUUUUAGAGUAUUUUCAUUUAUCUAAAUGUUAAUGGAUUAAUUUUUUACUCUUCAGAAUUAUUUGAAGAUAUAACUUAAUUGCUAGUUCAUUAGAAAGAGAUUGGAAACCAAAAGCGAAGAAUGAUAGCACAAGCAGAUUAUAGCAAUAUUGGAUAAGAAGUUCUAUAAGUAUUGAAAUUCUCAAAUAAAUGGUUGAAAAAAUUGGUGGAUACUAAAAUCAAAAUUUAACUUAAUUUUAUGAACCUUAUUGUAUUUAUUAAAUGAGCCUUCCGCUAGGACUAAGAUAAGAAUGUAUUUAGAUUUAUCAAAUGGUUUUCAAUAUUUACUGAAAUAAAUCCCCCAUUGAUCAAGCAAAAAAUGAGUUACGACAAAAAUUUUGAAAGCAAAUCUGCAAUUGGUAAAAGAAGUAACAAUAAAUGUACUCAAAUCUUGGCAAAGUCUCAUUAAUUUAGGAGAUGA